UUAAAGUGGAGUUUCAGCUAAAAAGAGAAGUUUGUAGUGAAUGAAAGUGAAAGUAGAUUUUGUGGCAGAGAAAGUAACGGACCCCAGAGUCACCCCUGCUCGGCUCAUAAACUCUCCCCCACACUCUUAUCCCAAGGAUUUGCCCCUGUGUGACGACUGGGGGGCUGUGACGACUGGGGGGCCGGCAUUGAAGUAAAGUUGGGAGCAAGAAGCUGAAGUUGUCAGGGUUUAUAUGAGAUUAUAUUUGAACUAUUGGAAGUGUCUGAACAACAAAGAAAAUGGGAGAGGCUGGAGGGGCUGGAGGGGCUGCCAAACUGCUCCACUUCCCUAAGACCCUCAGUGUGGGAUUUCUCUGCCUGUUAUUUCUGCCCCGGGCAGGUGCAGUUCUGGACAUAUUUACAUCUUCCCAACGUGCACUCGCUGGCUCUGAUGUUCUUCUCCACUGCAACUUCCAAAUAGAAAAAACAUCCCAAAACCAUGAACCCCCAACUGUAAUCUGGUACUUUCAGGAUAAGGAAAUUGCAAGAUAUGAUAACAAAGGUUUGUCCCUCAGCCCAAGAACUUCAUUCAAUGGACAGGCAGCAAAUAUGGGAGAUGCCUCCUUGUCUCUGGCCAACGUGUCCAUCUCAGAUGAAGGGAUCUACAGGUGUCAUGUUGUAUACGGACAAGAAAAAAAGGAUGGGGAGGUUGUGUUAAAGGUUGUAGACAAGAGGAGCAGGAUUGCCAUGGUGAUAGCACUGACCCUUUUACUUGUAGCCGGAUUGGGAAUUGCUGCAAUAAUCUGGAAAGACAAAAUGAAAGCAGCUUCUCGGAGUAUGACAGUGAGUGAGAUUAAAGGGCCAGAGAAGUUGUUGGAUGGAGAAGAGACAGCUCUGUACUGUACGGUCAGUAACUGCCCACAGGGGGACCCACAGGUCACAUGGAUUGAGGAGAGGUCAGGAGACCAGUGGGAGAUACCACAGUGUCAGAACUCAGGGGACCCAGGGGAAGCAGAACAGCUGUUGGGUGACUCCUACUUGAUCACCUGCAGGAAAGAGGGGCUGCAAAGCUACUGCUCCUCCCUGAGAUUUGUACCCCGUGUGGGGAAACACAGAGACGUGACCCUUAUCUGCAGGUUUGUCUGGGCUGGGAAGACUAAGGAGAAGAGAUUCCAGUGCACAAACAUUUAUGCCAAACCAGCACAGGUAUCAGUGGUCCCAUCUCUGUGUGAUUCUGAGGAGAUCCUGUACUCUCUCACCUUGCGGGGAUUCUACCCCAGAGAUGUCUCCAUCACAUGGACCUGUGGGGUGGGAGAUUCCCAAGAGAAGACUCAAUCCAGAGAACAAUAUGAGGAAAAUUCAGAUCUAACAUUCAAUAUGUGCAGUGAGGCCAGGAUUCCUGGGAAUCAGUUUAAGGAUCCAGCAUUCCGACUGGAUAUGACUUGGGAACAUGGAUCCUUGGAUGCACCAGAAUAUAGAGCUUUCUCUAUACAGGAUCCAGAUUACCCUUGGGACCCCAUUGUGGAACCAAUACAGGACACUAAGUUUCUCCAUAACAGCCCAACCACCCUGCAGUGCAACAUCUCAGAGUAUUUCCCUGAUGCCCUGACAGUGACGUGGCUGAGGAAAGGGGCAGAGAGUGAGGAACUAACAGAAGUGCCCAGUACACACCCCGAAAUGCAAUCCUGCCAACAGGAAGAUAACACCUACAGUUACACCGCAGGUCUCACCAUCUCCCCCAAACUGAGAGACCAGGGGGCAGAAUAUAUCUGCAGGGUGGCACAUCCCAGUCUGGUGAAACCCAUAGAGAGAAACACUGGCAAUAUCAACGUCAUGGCUCAGCCCAUGCUCCUAGAGCCCAUAGAAAUGAAACUUGUUGAUAACAACAGAGUUCAGUUCUCUAUCACCCUACGGAGCUUCUAUCCUCAAGAUAUUCACAUCAACUGGAGCCACGGAGAGAGCCCGGCACAAUUUGAGCAACAAAGUCAGAACAAGCUAACACAACAGGAAGAUCUUACACAUGAGGUUACCAGUGUGUGCACCUUUCCUGGGGAAAACUUCAAAGAUGUCAAAUAUAAAGUCCAUGUGACCUGGAACCAUGUGACUUUGGAAGCCCCUGAAUCCAGGGAACUGUGGGUAACAGAUUUCCCAUGGCGCCCACAGGUAGGUGAGAUUGUGGUUCCUACACUGGGUAAGAAGAAAGUGGCACUGAGCUGUGAGAUCUCUGGGUAUUUCCCUGAUGCCCUGACUGUCAGCUGGUUCAGGAAGGGGGAAGGAGACCAAUCAGAUAACCCCCUUCCUGAGAAACGCUAUAAAGUUUCAGAUCUUACAUCUGCCAGGCAGGAAGAUGGGACAUUUUCUUCUGAAACACAAUUAACCUUCUCCCCAGACCAGAAGACUGACCAAGGAGCUGAAUUCAUCUGCAGAGUUGGACACCCCAGCCUGGGGCAUUUAGUAGAGAGAAGAAUCAUCCCUUUGGUUGUAGCUAGGAAUUCCCAAACGGAGGAGCAGGACCAGAAUACAACAGAUCCAACCAAAAAGAAAACAGCAAUGGAGAAACUGAGAGAUAAAUUGUUUUAAUUAUUA